AUGAACAAUGACGAUGACGACUCCACACGGAUGGAUGAAAUGUUAGAAGGGGUCGCAGCUCUCGCGAGACAGUGGCAUGAGCAGAUGAAUUUAAAUUACGUUGAAGCCUACAGAAUUGCAACUGAUUACUACAAGGCGUACGUUCUUAAAGUUCCAUGCCGUACUUCCAUAUUGUCGGGGAGGGCCUGGAUUACGGAAUUAUACGAGGGUCACAGUGGCCGCUUCCGGUACGAAUUGUGCAUGCCCAAACAGGUGUUCCUUCGGUUAUGUACGACAUUGGUAAAUGACUUUGGGUUGCGUGUACCCGAGCGGCCGCACGGCUUGGAAGUGGAGGAGAGUGUUGCAAUAUUUAUUCAUGUGCUAAAAAACUUGCCAAACCGGGAGUUACAAGAACGCUUCCAACAUUCCGGUGAAACAAUUUCACAGCAUUUUCAUACCGUCUUGAAAGCAAUGAAAAAAUUCACGGUCGUUCACUGCAGGCCCCCUGCUAAUUUCCAGACGCACAGGGAUCCUAUUUUGCAAUCUCAACGACAAUAUUUGCCAUUCAAGGAUUGCUUAGGUGCAUUGGAUGGGACACAUGUACCGGCAUGCAUAAAGGAGUCAGAAGCAGCCCUAUAUUUUAGCCGAAAGGGUUGUCACACCCAGAAUAUUUUGGCGGUAUGUGAUUUCAAUAUGUGCUUUGUGUUUGUGUCGUGCGGGUGGGAGGGCAGCAUGCACGACAGCCGGGUUUUAAGCAACGUAACGGAGGAUCCACAAUACAAUUUUCCAACUGCAACUGAUGGUCGCUAUUACCUUGUGGAUAGUGGAUACAGCAAUAAGAAGGGCUUUCUGGCACCAUACAAAGGCAACAGAUACCACCAACCGGAAUUUCAAAGGCACAAUCCACGGAACCGUGAUGAAUUGUUCAACCGCGCUCACUCAUCUUUGCGAAGCGUGAUUGAGCGUACAUUUGGCGCAUGGAAGAUGAGGUGGAGAUUUCUAAAAGACAUGCCUCGAUUUGAUUUUCGUAAAGUGCAGGUGCCAUUGGUUGCAGCGUCCAUGGCUUUGCAUAAUUUCAUACGCAGAAAUAGUGUGGACGAUAAGAUUAUUGUUGCUGUUACCAAUGCGGCCGAGUAUCGAUAUCCGGACAUGCGUGACCGCGACGAUUUGGCUGCCCUUGACGAUGCGAUGAUGCCUGGAGAUGAUGAUGUUGAGAUGGCGCAGUUGCGGGCGCGUAUCAUGCUCUAG